AUGACGGUGAUCGGGAGUUUAGUGGCUUCGACGCUUUGGCAUGUGGUAAAGAUAUACCCGCUAACGCGUGAAUGUAUUGACUCGCUACAAUUGGAAAUUUGGAAAUUCGUUUGGUCAAAGAAACCGGAGUGGGUGCGUCGGGAAACGUGUAUGUCGGACUAUUUGAAUGGGGGUCUGCGAAUUAUUAAUCUUGACAUCAAAAGCAAAGCAUUGUUGAUUGGUCGUGUCUUUCAAUUUUUUGAAGAGAGUGAGGCACCUUGGAAAGAUUUCAUGCGUUAUUACAUCGGACGGACUUUAGGCAUAAACGAUAACUCGAGACCAAAUAGUGACAUUCCAACUCCGUUUUAUAGUCAUCUUCCUCGCGUUCUGAGAGAAUUUGCUGUUGAUUUGGGACAACCUUGCACGAGUAAAAUCUAUUAUCUGAAACGUAUUGAAGAUUGUGUUACCCCG